UGCAACAACCCCUCUCUUUAAAUUCGUGAUAUCCAAUUUCUCCCACAUCCCGUCUCUGAUCUGCGAUUGCGUGCAAGCAAGCCGACUCUCUCUUUUUCUCCUCUACUCUCCCUCUCUCUCAAAAAAAAAAAAAAAACUUGUUUUACAGAGAGAGAGAGUGAGACCACAACGCGAGAAAAUGGGAGGGUGUGCUUCCAAGUCAAUGCUGAAGAACGUCGACGACGACGCCGACCUCGUUCCUCUUCCGGCACCGGAGAACCAAGAGGCUCCGGUCAAAGUAGAAGAGGCCAUGGCCGUCAAGAUCGAAGAGGAGAUGGAGCAAGAAGAGGCGAAGGUCGAGGAAGCUCUUGAGGAGGAAACAGUGAAGGCCGAAGAAGCUCUUGAGGAGGAAACAGUGAAGGCCGAAGAAGCUCUUGAGGAGGAAACUGAAGAAGCUCUUGAGGAGGAAACUGAAGAAACUCUUGAGGAGGAAACAACAGAGAGCCUUCCAAUUGAAACCCCCGAUGAUAAUGUAACAGUGAAAUCGCCCCAACCUUGUGAAGAAAGUGAAACAGAAGCUGCCCAUCAAUGUGUAACAGAGGCUGAGCAAAAUAAAGCAGAAGCCGAAGAAUCUCGGGCUACAGAAACUUGUGAGGAGAUCCAGAAUGAAGUAGUCGACGCUGCAGAGGAUGCAAAGAUGGAGAAAGAAGUUGAUGCAUCCGAUCAUGAAAAGACGUCAGAAGACGCUACUCCGGAGAUGGAGAAAGAAGCUGAGAAAAGUGAAACAACAACGCAGGAAGCGUCGGAGGCGGAGAAGAAAGUGGAGGAAGAGAAACCUGCAGCUCCUGACUUGAGAUCAAGGUUUAGGCUGUGGUUUUAGAGAUCCUCAUCUUCCAUCUUUUCCCUCUCAUUUUUUCACCUUUCAUUACCAUGUUUUUGAAGAUUCUUCAUUGCUUGUUAUAGAAUAACAUUCCGCUGCAUGCAUCAAUUAGCUCUUUCUUUUAGUUCCUAAUUAAGUUCAAUCUUCAUUGGGAUUUAUAUAUGUUAUUCUUUUGACCCACCUUAAUUUUGCUUAACUUAUCUCUAAUCAGGGCGGAGCUGCAUAGAGCCCAGAGGGUUCAUGGCCCCCUGGAUUUUUUUUAAUUAGUAGUAUGUAUUAACGAAUAAUUAUAAUAAAAUCAUAUCAUGGUAUUUUGAUUUGAGGUUCA